GUAUAUAGCUACAAUCCAGAUCGACUUCUUGUUGAGAGAUUUGUUACAUUAGCAGCUUGUACAGCCAGUUGACCGAUAUUUUAGUACGUGUGAUCACACCAUUUGUGUUGAUAAGAAUUUUACAUUCAUAAAAUAUUUUUAAUGUGUUUAAAGAGGUGAAAGUGUUUCAGCCGAGUAACAUAGGAAUCAAUGUGUUUUGUAAUAUUGAAAGGUCAUACAAAUUUUAUUGCCUAAUUCAGAUUUUAUCAAUUAAAAAUUAUUUGUUUUAACUCAGCAAAUUUUUCGUUAUUCUAAAGUCGUGUCUCGCGUUGCAUUGAUUCUCUCAAGUUGUUUUGAGGUUUUUUUUUUACAUUUUUUUAUUUAAAUUUCUUUGAACAAAACAAAUUUGUUGCCAUGGAAUCGAACGGUCCAUCGGAAGUAAAUGAAAGCACCGAUGUGGAGAGCAAUGGUUCCAAAGUUAGCUUCAAUUUUAGCAAUGAUCAAAGCGAUGACGGAAAAUCUAGAUGUGAUUCCAUUGCCUCGCGUGUGUCUGGGGUGAGUCAAUUUUCCAAAAUCCACAUCAACAACAACAAUGAGCGACGAUCAUCUCUGCGAAGGAAUGUCAGUAAAGGUAAUCUGAUGAGCAGUGACCAUACGGAGUCCAAGGUGCUGGUAAUCUACACAGGUGGAACCAUCGGUAUGAUGAGAAAUGAAAACGACGUUUUGUGUCCCAUGCCGAAUGCUCUGGUGAAAAAUCUUCGCAAAUAUCCGAACAUGCACGACGAACAAUAUGCACAAAAAAAGUACGGGCCGGCUGCUAAUAUGGCACCGCUUGUAUUACCGCAUGUUGUUGGAGAAGGUCGUCGCGUUAUUUAUACGAUAACCGAGUACGAUCCGUUACUGGACUCCAGCAAUAUGUCGAUCAAUGAUUGGAUCCGUAUUGCUGAAGACAUAAAGCAGUCGUACGAGUUCUUCGACGGAUUUCUGAUAUUACACGGAACGGACACACUGUCGUAUACGGCGUCUGCCCUGUCAUUUAUGCUGGAAAAUUUGGGGAAAACGGUGAUCAUAACUGGAUCCCAGAUUCCGAUAUUCGAGACGCGAACGGAUGGAAAAGACAAUUUUACGGCCGCUUUGAUCAUAGCAGGAAAUUAUGUUAUUCCAGAGGUUUGCGUAAUGUUUGGCACCAAAUUAAUGCGAGGAAAUCGAACGGUCAAGGUUAGCGCAAACUGUUUGGACGCCUUUAACACACCCAAUACUGCGCCCAUUGCUCAAAUUGGCAUUUCGUUGAACGUUGAUUAUCGUUUGAUCUUCCGGCCAUGUACCGUGUCGAAGUUCGCCGUUCACGUGAAAUUGGAUGAAAAUGUUGGACUGUUGCGUAUCUUUCCGAGCAUUUCCUUGGCCACUAUCAAGGCGUUUCUAAAUCCACCCAUUAUGGGUGUGGUGCUGCAGACUUUCGGUGCCGGCAACAUUCCGUCAAAUCGUGCAGACAUUAUCGAUGAGCUUAAAUCUGCCACCGAUCGUGGAGCUAUAAUUGUGAAUUGUACUCAGUGUGCAUCGGGUGCUGUAAAGGAAAUCUAUGAGACCGGUUCAGUAUUACGCGAAUGUGGAGUUAUUAGCGGUUUUGAUAUGACCGUUGAGGCAGCCCUAACCAAAUUAUCUUACGUUCUGGGUAAAGACGAAUGGACGCUAGACACAAAGAAACAGAUGAUGGAGCAAAAUAUUCGAGGCGAGCUUACGUCUGGGAAACCAAUUCAAGAUUUUGAUUUGGUUGAUGCCGUUGCACGAUCCCUUCAUCUAUCGUCCCCGAAACAGCUCAUUCAACUUGGUGCUACGCUAUUUCCAGCAAUGGUUAACACGGCUGUGGUCCAGGGCGACAAAGAAAAGUUGAACACAUUGAAGAGUUACGGUGCCGACCUAUCCGCUAUGAAUUACGAUCAGAGGACCGCUCUGCAAAUUGCUUGUUGCAUCGGUGACUACGACAUCGUCAAGUAUUUGUUGCUCAAUGGCGUCUCGGUGCAUACGCGCGACCGUAACGAUCGUACGGCCCUCAUCGAUGCCAUUAACAAAGACUAUCACGAUAUCAUUAAGCUGCUGGUGAAAUGUGGCAGUCACAUGACCGGAUCGUCCCGAUUGAUCGGAGAACAUUUGUGUGCGGCAGCGGCUCGGGGUUUAGUUAAACGCAUGGAAUCGUAUCGCUUAGCCGGAGCCGAUUUAUCGCAACCCGAUCCAUCCGGUCGAACACCACUGCAUCUGGCCGCGUUGCAUGGACAUGUCGAUUUGGUGAAAUAUUUGAUUAAAAGUCACGUUGAAUUGGACGACGUUGAUAUGCUGGGUCUGUCGCCGUUGGAUUACGCGAUGAAAGUUAAGAAUGAGGAGAUUGUGGCCAUUUUGUCGGAGAAAUUGGCUGCUUCGGAGGGUUGAGCCUUGGAGUUUAUUUCUUUUGUUGAUGGUCGUAGAGAAUGGAAAUUAUGAUUCCCUUGUAGUGAAGCAGAAAACUAUUUUUACAAGUUGACCCAGCUUCGGUAAAAUGUGUGAACUGUGAGAGUACUUUGAAUUAAUAAUAAAAAAUCAUUUGGAUUAGUAUCUUGAGA